AUGGCGCAUGAAGCGAAUGCAAGCCUUACCAACGGUCAUACUGAGCCUCACUAUGGCUCUCGAUUGUUGCCUCAGGUUGUCGACGAGCUGGCAGAGUCAAACCCGUCGAGGGUCUACGCCAUCUAUCCUUUCACCUCAGAUCUCUCGAAGGGCUUCCGCCAUGUCACAAUGGGCGAGCUUGCGCAGGCCGUCAACAAGGUUGCCUUCUGGCUCGAUGACACCACUGGUCGUAGCACAACUUUCGAGACGAUUGCUUAUAUGGGACCAUCAGAUAUUCGUUAUACCAUCUUCUUUCUUGCCGCCAUCAAGUGUGGCUACAAGUUUUUCUGCGCGACCCAGAUGGAAUUCAUAGUUCAAGAUCUAAAGCAGUCAGUGCAAAACAUGGCGAUCUACAGCGUAGAGUCUUUAGACAACAUGCUCGAUGGAGCUUCUAAGCGCUAUCCAUACGAAGUCACGUAUAAAGACGCGUGUUGGGAUCCAAUACUAGUACUUCAAUCUUCAGGUUCCACAGGUCAGCAAAUUGCAAGUGUUGACUCUCACGUCUUGAUCUUACAUGAUAAGUAG